UCAAAAACUAUAAGAAACAACUAAUGAAGACCAAUUGAAAAGUUUCUUAGAAUUGGCUAUUCUAUAACUUACUAAAAUUAACCAUUAAAUGGGAGUUUUAAAAAGCAGAAUAAUGUAGCAGCUCAAGCCAUUAGUUACCAGUGACCCAGGGAUUCCAUAUGUGUCUGGGUGAGUCGCCCCCCCCUACAGCCAAUGGAUAUACAGUAUAUAUAUAUAUAGCUGAGCUGAGGAUUCUGGGAGCAGCUGUACAAUAGACACAAACAAUAUAAGAACAAUGGGAGGAAUUUGUUGUUUUCUAUAUUUAGAGUUUCCCCUCGGGUCGGGAUUCUGAGAUUGUGGAGUCGCCCGACCUGUUUCUGAACCAGCGAAGCAAUUAAUUCAGUUUAAUUCUAGCGGCAAACGAGGGGCCGGAUGGAGAUGUUAAAAAAUAGGGAGAGUUUCCCCUUUAAUACUAACAGAAAAAUUGCAGUUGGUAUUUUUCAUUUUUGAGGUUCUUGAGUUAUUUAUACAUAUUGUUGCACAACUCUCCAGUUUAGACUGCUUUGUGGUUGCUAGGGCUUAAUUGACCUAGCAACCAGGCAGUGGUUAGGAAGUAAAAAAAACAGGUGAGACCUGAGCAGAAAGAAAAGCAAUAGAGAAUAAGAACAGCAAUAAAACGAAACCCUGGGUCAGUGACCCCGGCAACCAGGAUGGAAAGAAGCAGAAAAGAAAAGCAAAUAACGUCCAAUUGAAAAGCUGCAUAGGAAAUAAGAAUAACAAUACAACUAAACACUCAGGGGGUCAGUGACCCCAGCAACCAGGAGCAGUUCCCUUGCAGGCUGUAAAGAAGCAGAGGGGAAAGGCAAAUAAAGACUGAAAAAUACUAAAAGGUUAUUUUGAAGGUGAACUUCCCCUUUAAAUAAGCAAAUAAAGUGCAGCUUUUUUGUCGUCCAAGGGAAAAACUCAUGAAAUGAUUUUGGGGAUUUAGUUUCCUCAUUAGACGGAAUUGGGCCCCGGGUGCCCCCCCCCAACCCCCAAGCACUGAGCUAAGGAGAUUGUGCAAAUCAUUGGCCUCGUGUGGGAACAUGUGCAAGUGCUGAGCGGGGUAGUUACGCAACGCAGCGCCCUGUAACCGUCUGUCUGUGCUCUGCCGGCUCUGCUAAUAAUCAGCUGGUACCCCCCUCUCCUGCAGCAUGGCAGCUCCCACCCAUACAUAUAAAUACCCCCCUACUGGGCUACUUAUCCCCCCAGUAAGUGACCCAGUGGAUCCCUGACACGUGGAUAUGUUUGUUCCUGUAGGAGAUUCCCUCGACCUUUCAUUUUAGAGCUGAAAUUCGCUUGUUUGACUCAAUAAAGAGAGAUGGUUGGACUGAAGCCCACGGAGGUGCCACCAACCCCACUGGUCAAGUUUGUAGGCGCCGGCACUGCGGCCUGUAUAGCCGACUUAUUCACCUUUCCCCUGGAUACUGCCAAAGUACGACUACAGAUACAAGGAGAGGGGACAUCUGUGAAGGACACCAAGGUUCUUCGUUACAAAGGCGUUUUUGGCACAAUCAAAACCAUGGUGAAGACGGAGGGGGCAACCAGCCUGUACAAUGGGCUAGUGGCCGGCCUACAAAGACAGAUGAGCUUUGCCUCCAUCCGGAUUGGUCUCUACGACUCUGUCAAACAGUUUUAUUGCCGCCAAUCGGAAAGUUCCGGAGUCGCUUGCCGGCUGCUGGCCGGAUGUACCACGGGGGCCAUGGCCGUCACCUUGGCUCAGCCGACCGAUGUGGUGAAAGUCAGAUUCCAGGCGCAUAUUAAAGUGAUGGACGGUGAGCGGAGGUACAAUGGGACUGUAGAUGCCUACAAGACUAUCGCCAAGGAGGAAGGACUUCGGGGACUCUGGAAAGGGACCAUCGCCAACAUCACUCGUAACGCCAUUGUCAACUGCGCCGAACUGGUGACCUACGACCUCAUCAAGGAAACGAUUCUAAAUCAGCGCCUAAUGACGGAUAACUUGCCGUGCCACUUUGUUGCUGCCUUUGGUGCCGGUUUCUGUGCCACGGUGGUGGCUUCGCCAGUGGACGUGGUUAAGACUCGGUACAUGAAUUCCCCCGCCGGCCAAUACAAGAACGCGCUCAACUGCGCAUUUAUUAUGCUGGUGAAAGAGGGGAGCGUCGCUUUCUAUAAAGGGUUCAUGCCGGCUUUCCUAAGACUCGGAUCUUGGAACAUCGUCAUGUUUGUCAGUUAUGAACAGCUAAAGAGAGCCAUGAUGAUGGUCCAUGGUUCUUGGGAGGCUCCUCAUUAAAUAGAGGCCCGAAUGUAUAUUCAGAAGCUUUAUGAGAAGAAGACUGGGACCUUGGAAGAGUCUUCAAGUGAAGACAUUGACUCCCAAUGAGGACAAACUGGUCAAGAUGAUUUCCAAAGUCAUCCUUACUCUACACAAAAGCCUAUGGAGAAGGACCUUCUGCCUUUAGCUAUAGUUGCACGGUAAUUGAGGUUGACACAAUGAUGUCAAAAAAUCAAGUUCAACCCUGAGGAAAAAAGGCCUAUAAGUUGAUCCAAAACUGGAGGAACUAAUAGGAAGCAAAAGAUCCGCAGAUGCCUUCAGCCUGAGGCCUACACAAGUCAAUAGAUGAGGGUAGGAACAUGUAUCAGUCUUUGUAAAAACCAAAUGUAUUGAUUCAAGUUUUGCUACUGGGCAUAUUAUGGUCCACUGGUGGCUGAUGGAGCUUAUAUGAUGUACAAUAUAUAGAGAGGAGCAUUGACCAAUGAGCAAAGUCAAUAGCAUGCUAUGAAAUGGCUUUAGAUUAAAGUGCCUUAAUACCCCGUACAAGCCUGGUAGAUGCCAAAGGCAGCCGGGAGGAGAUACAGGUUACCAAGGUGAUCAUUGAGUUUGUUUAGUAUCUGAGACUCAAUGAUUGGAACAAAAAUCAGGUGACCAUCUCCAGAAUCCAAUGGGGCUCUCUAGUCUGUCACAGCAGCCGAUAUAGGGAAUUUAGGAGCCUAAUGUGGCAAAGGGGUCCCCAUUGUAACCUGCUCUGUCUGGUCUAAUGGCCAGGAACUUGAACCCAUAUUUGCCCAGAACAGACUUACAAACAACUGGACCCUUCCCUGCCCCGUGGACCAAUCGAAUUGCUGAGAGUGAUAGGAUUUAUAGUUGAACUAAGUACUGUAUUUGCCCCAGGCGUGUUCCUACUUACCCCCUGAGUGGCGCCAUGCCCGUGGGUCUAUAAACCAUUCCAUAUAUUGGGAUCUGUUAUCGACAACUUUGGGACUUUUAUAGCCAAGCUCCUAACUGGACAUUCAAUAGGAAUAUGCUAAUCUGCUGAUGUGUUUGGUGCUGCAAAGGCUGCUGGGACUGAGAAAUAAAUGCAAUAUUACUAAUUACA